AUGUUACUAUUUAUUGGCAUAUUAUGCGUGAUUUAAGAAGUUAGAUCAGCCAUAAGCACAAUAACCCAAACCCUCAACCCAACUCAAUAGCAAUUCACAUAGUAGUUAAAUUUGACUUACCUCCAAUAGUACAUUUACAUUACUGCUGAAUUCAAAUACGUUCCGUUGUCAUACUAAUAUUACAACAAUUUCCAAUCCGACCAAAAUAAAUAUAUUAUAUUUUCUUUGACCUCAGAUAAAUCCAUAGCUGUCCUAGCCUACCUAGCAAUAGAUUCAGCUUUUAAAAUAUGCAUGGAAGUGCACUUAAUCAAUGAUGUAACUUAAACAAGGAUUUUGGAAGUAUUUGAAUUACCCCAAGAUCCAUUGUUGAUUGAAGGCAAUUGGUUCACCUUGGAAUUAAGAAACAACUUGGCUCUGAAGUAAGUCAACGUCACAUGUUAUCAAAAUCAGAAUAUGACAAAUUUGUUAAACAAAAUUUAUUCAGGAUAUAACAUUGAAGUGUCAGAAUAUUUGGAAUUGUAAGCUGGGAAGACAUAAGAUAUUGGGCAGUAUUACCAUUUAUUCUUCCAAGGACCAAUCAGAUUGCAGGUUUUGGAUAAGAGUAGUAAGUUUUGGCCUUAGAGCAUUUCUUGCACUUAUAACUCAUAUUAUGAAAUUAUGGCUUUAAGAACAUUCGAUAAAACAGAUUUUGAAACCCACCAAAUUACUUCGAAUAUUAACAAAUGCUUUGGAAUAGCUACAUGGAUUAAGGUGAAUAAGACUAAUGAGUAUGACGUCGUUAAUGUACUAAAAAUAUUAGCAAGUCCAAAUGCCAAUAUUGGCGAUUCAAAUGAAUUAAUUAACUUGUAAUACUAGAUUAAUACAGAUUCAACUUCAAUUAAAUUAGAUUGUCAUUCAUAUACAUUCCCUGUUCUGUAAUCUAAUACCAUAAACUCAAUCUAAAAACCUCUUCAUUUUUAAAUCCCCAAAUCAUUGUAUGAGUGGCAUCACUUAUCUAUUGCUUAUCAACAAAACUAAGUAUCCAUAUCACUGUCAUUUCCAUAACACCCUCAAGACAAUGUUGUGUAAGUAUUGAAAUAAGUUUACUUAUACUCAGAUACAAACCAAACAAUAUUUUUUGGAGGAUAUAUCAACGAUUAAACCUCCUAUUACAGUAACACACCAGGAUAAUUUAAUUAAUUAAGGUAUUUUUCAAAUUUGGGGAGUGCUUCUCCUCUGCCAAUAUCAUGCCACACAAAUUGCCUAACUUGUUUUGGCCCUUAUUCCAAUUAAUGCUUGAGUUGUUAGGCAUCUAGAUACAGGGAUUAUUAUGUGGGAACCCAUGAAUGCUUGUGCAAAACUGGAUAUUUGGAGAUCGGUUAUAGUUCAUGCAUCGAUGGAUAUCCUUAAAGAUAGGAGAAGUUAAUACCGUUGUCUCUUGAUCCAAGGUACGAUAGUGAGUAUCCUAAUGUAGUGUGUUCCUUUGGAUAUUUUAGAUAUGAGAAUGUUUGUUAUCAAUGUCCAAAAGUCAAUAGGAAAUACCCAUGCUUUCUUUGCCUUGCAAAUCCUAAUACUUGGGUUUAUGAACCAAAAUGUUUAAAAACUUAGGUUUAAAUAAAUAAGGAUGAUGAUAAUUCCCCAUAUAAACCUAAUGAUAACUUUGUGUAAUUACUUUUUUUCUAGGAUGACUAAUAUGAUGUUUAUAUUUUUCAAGAUUUAGAACUCAUAUUGUGCGAGUUUUGUAGGUAGUUAUGUUUAACUUUACCUUUUCUCACAGAUUGUAAAUUAUCUAAGUAUGUCCACUUAUCAAAACCAACUUAUAUCGUUUGUCAACUUAAAAGUUAUUUGAUCGAUGGCAAAUGUAAAAGGGCGUUCCUAGGUUGCUCAAGUGGAAAAUUCUAUUUUGGAGAAUAUAUAUGCACCACUUUUAGUGUUCAAUCAUCUUCAAUAUAGCAUUGCUUAUUAUAUCGGACAGAAAAAUGUGAAGAAUGCGAAGAUAACUAUUUUUAAUCUUAUGAUUCAGAUCUUUGCUUGCCUUGUUCAAUACAGAAGUGCAAAUUCUGUUUUGAAUAUUAUCAGGAUGAUGUAAGCUACAGUUCAGUCAUUCAACUUAACAAAUAAAUUAACAGGGAGCAAUUAGUCACUGGUUGUGCCCUAUGUUAUCAGGGCUAUUAGUUUAAUUUUGCUACUGGCAUUUGUGAGAUCGUCCAACAAAUAGACACCGAUUGCUUGAAAAGAUACAUUGAUUUUAAUGGAAAGGCCGUAUGUUACGAGACUGCAACAGAUGACUUCUCUAAAGGAACUAUGAUCCAUAAUUGCCAACGUUUCAUGCUCAAUUGCAAUAAGUGCAUUCAACCAGCUUCUAAUUAGUAUUAUUGUGGAGAGUGUCAAAAGGGCUAUUAUUAUAAUAGAUUGAAGGGUAUCUGUUUGAAAUGCUCCUCUUAUAAUGAAGUCUAUACGGAAUGCUCAACUUCUUAUGUUGCUUAGAAGGAUACAAUUUACAAUUAAAUCCUAGGAUUCACAUUCUAACUCUCAGGGAUAUAUCCAAUCAACAUGUUAAAAGACAGUGCAAUUGAGAGGUUGUAUCCACUUUCCUGUGCUGAUGGCUAUUCAGUAAUCGCCAAUGAAUGCAUUUUGGUUAAUACUACUUAUUGUACUUUAUUUAGUGAUUAAUGCGUCUCAUGCAAUUCGGAUUAAUACGGCACAAAACGAUUGACUGUUAUGAAUAUGGCAUGUCAAGAAUGCCCAUUUUACUGUGAAUAUUGUUAAAUUAGAACACAACCCAUCAAUUUAUUGAACCCCUAUUUCAAUUCCAGUAGAAUCUACCAGGGAUAUCAGUGUCUCCAGAAAUCAAAUAGGGCAUCUCUUUUUAUUGAUAAUUAUUACGGCCAUGUUCGACAAUGCAAUUCAACCAUUCCUAAAUGUCAAACCCAGAUAUCGUUAAUAACUACCAACUUAGCUAGCUUAAGAGAUUAUCUAUCCGUUAUAUAUGAUACUCAAACUGAAUUUAUGAUCUUAAAAGGGGUCAGCAUUCUCACAUUCCAAUUAAAUGUUUCCUAACACAUCACCUUUAGUCUAUCCUUCCAUCAAAUAGAUAUCCUGUCUAAUCAAUAUGUAUAUCAAGUGAUCACAUUACAAACAACUGAGAUCGUAUUUAAUGGACUUAACGUAAAUAAGUACUACUCACUUACUUUUGGGUAGGUCCAAUUUUAAAAUAUGCAGAAAAUGAUCAUUCAAAACUUACAACUCAACUUUUCUAUCUACCGUGACUCAUUGAUACAGACUGUCAACAUAGAUUCCUUCCAAUUAUAUUUAAUGAAUGUGACUAUUAUGGACUCUUAUUCGAAACCAGAUUUAACAUAUGAUAUAAAUUUGGUUGCACCCAAUGACAAUCAAUUUGGAAGAGCAUAUCAAAUCCAAGUACAGAAUCCUUAAAUAAUUUCAAUAAUCAAUGUGAUGAUCUCGAAUAUGAGUAUGCUCAAUACCACUUUUCUUAAUUUAAUAAAUUCCAACUAUGUCGAUCUAGAUCAGAUAGUCAUUUAAAACCUAACAUUUUUUAAUUGUUCCUUUUUUAAUACGGACUUUCUAGCACUCACUCAAAAUCUUCUAUAUUAGAAUAUUUAAAUAACCACUUUUAAUAUUAAGAAUUGUACAUUCAAUAAUGGAUCAAUAUUGCACUUUAGUGAUUAUUACUUUAAAGGGAAUUUGAAAAUUUAGGAUCUCUAACUCAGUAAUUCUAUCUUUAUAAAUUCCAUCCUUUUCAUACUACCCUAAUCAAAUUUGGUGGAUAUCAGCAGUGUUACCUUUCAGAAUUGUAAGUUCCAGAGCUCAUCAGGUCUAAGAAUUAGAUCCAAUUCCACUUUUCAAAAAUUUAGAAUAUCAAAUUGCCAUUUCGUGUACUCCAACUUGAUAUCAUCCAAUAUCUAUAGUUCUAGUUAGAUAUUCUUGAAUUUCAAUUAGAUGGUCUUUUCAGAAGUAAACCUUGAGUCUUCCUACCUGAUUGAAAUCAUCGGCGAGAACAUAUUUUAUGUUGUUUCAAAUAUUGAUAUUCGAGGUAUUCUGGCAUCGAAUUCGAUGAGCAAUACUUACGAGAAGGUGUUUUAUUGUUAGGGCUUUUCCUUUAAAUUGAGCGAUGUUACUAUGUUUAGAUUCAGAGGUGUUACUGAAUUUCAACUAGAAAAUUUUGAAGUCUUAGAGUUGAAUCACAUUGUGGCCGAUUCAAACAUGGAUCAAAUUGUAAGUCAAAUCUUUGAUAUCAGUGCUUCCACUUUGAUAAUUAAUUAUUUCAUAAUCAAGAAUCAGAAGUCAGAAGAUUCAAUAUUCAUUUCAGUAUAGGAAGGGGUAAAUAACAGACAAAAUUAUAUGAAAAUAAGUAAUCUCCAAAUAAUGAAUAUACAAAUGAUAAAGAAACAAUACAAGUUCCCUUCCUCCAUCAUUCAAAUAGUUUCUUCAAUUGAGUAAUCAAUCUCAAUUUAGGAUUCAUAGUUCCUGAAUAUUUGGCAGAACCAAGAAUUGCAAGAUCCAGAAAUCAGUACUGCUAGUCUUAUUGUUCUUAACGUACCUUAAAGUUCUGUAUUGAUUAAAAAUCUGAAAAUACUUAAUUGCCUCAUCUCAAAUGCCACCGACUCAUUGAUAUUAAUCAAUUCAAAGACAUUAGACUUCCAAUUAUGCUUUUCGAACAUGACAAAUAAUCUGGAAUCUUACUUUAAAACUAUGAAAAUUGAGGUAGAUCUCUCCUAAAUCCAGUAAAUGUCAUAUGGUGGUCUAGCCUAUAUGCAAGUCCAAGAAUUAACGAUUAAGGAUUCCUAAUUUUAUAACUCAAUUGGGUAUUAUGGAGGAGUCUUCUACAUAAUCACAAAAUUCAAUGGUAUUGCCAAUAUUGUUGGAUUAAGAUUUGAGAACAUUUCAACAUUCAGACGUCCUUUUGCCUAAGGAAUGGGAGGAUGCUUAUACAUUGAUUCACAAUACUCUUACCUUCAAUUGAAUAUCAUUGAUGUGUAUGUGACCAAUUCAAGUUCUAAUUACAUAGGCGGAUUCUUAUAUGUUAAACCAUCCAUAUAUUAAAAUGUUAUGAACCUAAGAAAUCUUGAAUUCUUUAAUGUAUUCUCAUCUCAACAAUCUAUCAUAUCCUUCAUUUAAAUGUAUUCGUAGUAAAGCAACUCUACCAUCAAUUUGAGAAAUGUUACAAUAAGAAAUGAGAAGAAUCAAUAUAAAAAUUACUUAGAAUACUAUGGCUUAACAAAUUCUGAGGGUCUAUAUGGUUUAAUCACGAUCUAAGGAACUCAGAUAACCAUUAGCAGAUUAAAUGCCGAAGGGUAUUUUUACGAAUCAAUAUUGCAUAUUGAAUAUUCAAAAUCCUUUAAAUUGAGCAGGGCAAGUGUGUACAAUUCCUUAUUUGAUGGCUAAACUUUAUUGUUUUUAUAAGAUAUAAGUUCAGACACACCGACAUAUAUUCAUAUUGACCGUUUAUCCCAUUUCAAUAUUUAUGGGAACAACCGUCAACAAACAGCAAUAGUGUAAUUAUUCCUAUCGAAGAAUUGCGUAUUGGCUUAGUUUGAUGAUAUGAACUUUUACAAUAUAACUUGUUAGAAGUGUCAAAGUGGGAUAUUAUCCUUCAGCACAGAUUCGAAGGAUGUAACUACAAGAAUUCGAUUUUAAGGUUUGACUCUCAAUAGAAAUCUUUGUGGCUAAAAUGGAUGCUUUAAUCUCUUGUCUAAUUCAAGUGCCAAUGAUUAAGUAUUCAUAAUCAAGAAAAGCAAAUUUAUCAAUAAUAUUGCUAAUGAUGGAGGAUCAAUUUUUAUUAACAAUCUUCAGCUCCAAGUUAUGUCUACAUUGUUUCUACAAAAUGAGGCUGAUAAUUCAGGAGGAGCAAUCUUUUAUUGGAGUCAAAAAGAUAUCCAUAUUUAAGAUUGCUACUUUUACGAGAAUAAGGCAUCAACAGGAGGUGCAAUAUUUUUAGGAUCAAAUGCACUUAUUUAGAAUUAGAGCACACUCUAGUUCACAUAGAAUUCAGCAACAAGUUUUGGCGAUAAUUUGGCUGAGUAACCUAAGUUCUUGUAAUUAAUCAUUAAUAAUUAAGAAAUCUCCAACCUUAGAUAAAUCAUAGAUUAAACAGUAAUUGAUUAUCCCAUCUUAAAAUAAAAGCUCUAUUUCCCAACUGGAUCCAAAUUAUCGUAAUAUGAAUUCUUCAACUAUACAUCCAAUCUAUUUAGCUCAAUAUAAUACUCAAUUCAACUGAAAGCCUACAAUCACAUUAAGGAAGAGAUCAUGUUUUUGGAUGACACCAAAUGUCUAAUUGCCUAUGACAACUAAUAAGCUAAUACCUCAUUUUAAGAUGAUUCAUUAGCUUCAUAUUAGAUCAUUGUGUUUAAUUCAACAAAACAAUACUACGAUUUGAAUGAAUUGCUAAUAGUCCACAAUCCAUAUGAUGACCAAAAAUCUAUUAUGCUAGACAUUAAGUGCGACAGUAUUACAGACGAUUAUCAUUUAAGAUUUUCAGUUGAAACAUUGAAAUGCCAAAUUGGUGAGUAUUUUUAUGAGGGUGCAUGUCUAAGAUGCAACUCAGCUGCGGGAUAUUACUCAGUAGCAUAUAAUAGUACUUCAUGUAAGAGGAUUGAUAUCAAAUUGAUCAACCAAACCAAUGGAGCAAUACUUCAAUUAUAGCCAUUUUAUUGGAGACCCCAUUUAAGAUCUGAUCUAAUUGAGAAGUGCUAAAAGUAUCCAUCCAAAUGUUUGGGAGGGUGGUUUCCAGGAGAGCUCUCCUGUUCUAUUGGUAGCAUAGGAGCACUUUGUGAAGAAUGUGACAUAUAUAACAUAAGAGGAGACGGCUAUUUUCUGAACUCUGGAUAGACACAAUGCAGUUUCUGUGGUCAUUUGAGUGUCUAGGUUAUGCUCUUAUUGAUUUCAUCAUUUUGGUCUUCCUUCUUGAUUAUUAUGACAGUUAAGAGUACUCAUAAUUCUCUUUAAAAACUUGCCUAAUUAAAAGUACUCUAUUUGAAAUAUCAAACCUUAUAUACUUUUAGUUUGGAUUAGACCAGUAUAUUGAUUAAGAUGAGUAACAAUUACUUCUAAAUUUUGAUGGUUAUUAGUACCUUUUAGAUUGACUUCUUCACCAAUCUUAGAAACACCUUAUAAUUUCUGGGAGAAGCCUCUAGUUUUGUGACUUAUCAAAUCGAUUGCACAACUUCUCAAAUCACCAACACACCAAUCAUUUAUAGUCAUUUCAUUUUGAUGCUCCUGAUUCCAUUCUUUAACUUCGCCUUAUCCACAGCUAUCUAUUGCAUUUCGAUCAUGGCCAAGGUAUCAAGAUUUUCACAAACUUUCAUCUUUACUACCAUCAUCUACCUGUACAUCUACAAUCAACAAGCAAUUUUAAAUUGGGGAACCUCCUUAAUUUCAAAGAGGAAGAUUUCAGGGUAUGACUACAUCUAAGCCUCUGUCUUUUAUUAUUAUGACACGGAAGAACACGCCAAUUGGUUAUUCAAAUUUGUUAUCCCAAUAGUCGCCUUUCAGGGUAUAAUGAUCCCAUUGUUGCUGCUAUAUUACUUAUAUUACCAUAAAGGGAACUUAUACAAUAAGAGUGCGAGAAAGGUGCUAUCAUAUUUGAUCAAUGAAUACAGUGAUGAGUCAUAUUACUGGGAACUCAUUAAGAUUGCUUACAAAUUGCUGAUCAUAGUGAUAAUCAACUUCUUGGAGUAGUAGAUCUUAAUCAAAGGCAUUCUAAUCUAUAUUAUCAUUAUCCUCUAUUAUCAAUCCAUUGCUAUUUUUAGACCGUAUAGGCAGUCAUAAUUUAAUCUUCUGGAAUAAACAAUUUCCUAUUAUGUUUCAAUGACUAUAUUAUUAUCCUUACUUUUAUACUAAAUCCAAAAUUUGGACAUAUACUAUUUGGAAAUCUCCUUAAUUAUUUUGAUACUUUACUUGAUCCUUAAAUUGAUCCUCUUGUUCAUUGAAAAGAUAUUCAUUGCUUUCUUCAAGAGAUUGGAUGAAUAGCUGGAUCCAAUUCGAGGAAUUAUUUUAAUGAGAUUCCCCAAUAUUUGUAAGAUCUGUCCAUCUCUCAGAAACAUCUUAAAACUAAGAAAGCAAUAGAAAUAAAGGAUAUUGGAAAGAUUUUAUAAAAUUAAAAACUAUUUGAAACUUAAAAUCAUUAGAUUUCCAACUAAAGACUCAGCAAGAGAUCAAGUAAAAGCUAAGGACAGUAGAUCAAUGCUUUUCAUUUCCUAACAUCGAAACACCUUCACUAGUAUAGAGAAAAUCAUAUUGACGCAAGGAAAUGAAACAGCACCACUUAAAUGA